GUGGCCGUGGACGGGUUUCCGUGACCGUGACCUUCACAGCGUGUGCUCGACAGAUUGUAGUAAGGUUGAGAAUGCGUUCUGCUGAAACUGAAGCGGCACGGCAAAUGUUCGGUUCAGAUCCUUGCGCUCCACUUUGCUGUUGCCACACAAAUUUCUCGUAUUAAUGUCUCGUUCUCUCGAUGAGUAUGACUUGCCCAUGAAUGCACUUCUCUGUAUGUCGUGUCUAUAAAUCGAUUGAUUGAGAACAACAUUUUGAGUUUCUGUGGGAUUGUGUGAAGCACUGAAAUAGUGGAAGCAUUUUGCGAAUCUCUCUUGGUGAUGAGUUUUCUCGGUGUUAGAGUCAGGGUGCGCGAUUAAUGCGUUGUGAAUUUGAGCUGAAGGACGGGCCUCCAAUUUUGGUCGAGAGAGAGGGGCGUCGUGUUGGGGGUGUCGGUGAGAGAAGUCACAGAGUUUGGGUCGUGGGUGGAGAAUGGAUGGCGUCGGAAAUGGAAAUUGCCGACAUGAGGAUGAAACUGUUGGUUCGACUUGUUCUUCCGUUGUACCUCCUCUGUUUGGUUGUGAAUUGGCAGGGAAGCGUAAAUGGAGAAAUUGUUGGAGUGUUGCUGUUCCAGGUCGGAAUGAGUGCAGUGUUGAUCGUUCUGGCGGAGGCGCUAGGGUCUGGAGGAUCGGCAAACGCCCAAGGACGAAGGAUGGUGCAGGGACACGCUUUGAGUCUGGUUUUAGGGCAACAAACUGUCUGCACGGCAGGAUUGUCCAGGCAGUUCAUCGAACCGGUGAAUUGGGGACAGGGUGGACUCACUUUGAUGCGAUACUCGAGGAUUUGGAACUUGGGGGCACUGUGCGAGAUGAUCGCGCAGAACGAGAGGAGAUGGAGAGCAGUGGCGAGCCUGUGCAGUUCAUGUACUUUGAGAAAGGAAAUUGGGUGGAGUUUUCUGCGGAAGCAAAUGCCGCUGCGUGGAAUUCGUUUCAGGCAGGACAUUCAACGUGUGAAAUCACUGUACAAAACCGCGUUUAUAUGCUGAAUUUUCUAGAGAUGGUGCAGGAGAACAAACGAACAGGUUACAUUCGGUCGUUAGCAUGGAUUAACGAUGAUUGGGUGAUUAAGCUCCCUGCAAAUCCUACUGCUGGUCCCUGCGGAUCAAGAGAGGAACCGGGUGUUUCGAGAUGUGACAAUCAGGUGAAUCGAUAUCAUGGAAAGUGGCGAGACGGUGCUGCGGACUCGCUUUCAAGUUUAAUGUUAGAGACAAAUGGGGGUCUGGGUUGUGAAUCGGUUCCAUUGUGGACUAGAACUGACCACGCUCCUCCUGCACUUUCAGUGGACGACACUUCACGUGAUUCUAAUCACGCCUUUAGUGAUGAUGACCUUACCCAGCAUAGGUUAGGAGGUCUCGUUAGCUCAAAUUGGGAAGCGGAUCCGAUGGAUUCAAAGUUUUUUGUGAAAGGAGUGGGAUUGAUUGGAUUGGGAAUGAUAGGCAAGCCUCCGGAUGUUGAAAAUACGUCUGGCUUUUCAUCACAGAGGCUUGUUCCAUUGAAAAAGGGAGACAGUGAAUAUGAGAUCGUGGAAAAAAAAUUUAUGCAUGGAAUCGGAAGGGUUGCUAGUGAUACGAUAAUCACUGGAAUUCAUCGUGACACAAGUGCGGGAGCUGCGGCACGACAGGAAGCGUUUGUAAGACAGACAGCAUUGGUUGAAAAGACUCGUGGGAAUGCAAAUUUGCGGUUCGGAUGGCAUGGAACUUCUAAGAAGGCAGUGGAAGGGAUUUUUCUUCAUGGUUUCGGACAGCCAAAGACAUCAAAGAACGGUUCUACAUAUGGUGUUGGUGUUUACCUUGCCGUAGAGAAUCAGGCGUUCGUUAGUGCGUUAUAUGCAGAUAACGACGAGAAUGGGGAGCAGCACGUCGUGUUAUGUCAAGUAAUUGCAGGGGCUUCCGAAGUCGUCAAGCCUGGAUCUGAACAAUUUCACCCGAGUACCGAGCAUUUUGACACGGGAGUAGAUGACAUCAACUCGCCGAAGAGGCUGAUUGUUUGGUCUACUCAUAUGAAUACUCAUAUAUUGCCUCUCUAUGUGGUCAGUUUCAAGUUGCCGCCAAAAUGGCAUCGAAUGAUCGCGGGAUUAUGUGGCAAGCAGAAGGGUUCUUCGACGGCAUAUCACCAGCUCCCCGCAAAGCGUUCCUUCACUAUUAAAAAGGCAUGUGGAGUGGUUGAGGCUCUGCACAACAAAACAUAUGCAUGUAUGAAUCCUGGGCAGGGUCCAAAAUCAGCCUUCAUUCGCUUUCCUCUUCUGCUUCCCCUUCUUCAACUGUUUCUAACUUCAGAGCAACGUCUUGAACUGAAGAAUUGUCACGCCAAAUUUGAGGCCGGUGAAAUGUCUCGCGAAAUGCUUGUUAAGGAGAUACAGAAGAUGGUAGGGAGGGACCGCCUAAUUCACGCAAUACAAAUGUGCCGAGGAUUUCAGGGAGGCCAAGCGACCUCGGGUGUCAACGCCCAAUGAGGGAUUCAUUGGGAGGCAAGCUUUAAACUGAAGGUCUUUUUGGAAUGGAUUCAGCUAUAGAGCCGAUGAUUUUCAAUUGCAGCUAAGAAUUUCAAAUGACUAGUUUGCAAAUGAGAAUCUGCCACCAGUGUAGCUUUUAUCCUCAACGCUUUGCUCUUCUGUCCAAAUCCAUGCGGGAGUUGAUGACUUUGAGUACUUGGUCUACAACCCGAAUUGUGUCCUUGACAAAGCACAGCAGCUUAAGUACGAUUUCGAAGGACACGGUGUUUAUGGGAUUAUGUUUCUUUUUCGUCAGAUGUCACCCUUACCUCACAUAUUUGAACUCAUAUGUGUAGCAUGGGUGAAAUCCUCGUUACAGGAGGAGGUUACAGGAUAGUCAUGUGCUUUAACUCGGUUUUUGAUAUCUUUGGGCUGUGUUUUAGAAGUGUUGCGUUUGAAGGGCUAAGAAUGACCAACUCCUUUAGAUAUUUUUCCUUUUGCACUCCAAGUAGUAUGGAGUAUCUCUCAACAGAAGAAGCUCGUGCAGAUUCUUUACAAUAACAGGGUUGACUUAUCAACCCUUAUUCCAGACAACUUCGUCGAUAUGUGGGUAAAAGUCAGAGGCCAUUGAGUACAGAUCGCUAUAGAUGAGAGAAUCAUAACUUCCUUCCUCGCUUCUGAUGCGGGAGGUUGAUUUGCUCGUGUAUUAUGCGUGAGCAUCGAUACUCUGUAUAAUAAAUGUCAGAACAUACAUAUUUUACAUUUGCUUAUACA